UCACACCACCGCUCCCCAUACACCAACAAUGGCGUCUCAGGAAUACGACCUUCUUCUGAAGCUCCUCCUCAUCGGUGACUCUGGUGUUGGCAAGUCGUGCCUCCUUGUCCGCUUUGCUGACGACACCUUCACCGACUCGUACAUCUCGACCAUCGGGGUCGACUUUAAGAUCCGGACGGUGAACCUGGACGGCAAGGUCAUCAAGCUGCAGAUCUGGGACACUGCUGGACAGGAGCGGUUCCGGACGAUCACAUCGUCGUACUACCGCGGCGCGCACGGCAUCAUUGUGGUGUACGACGUGACGGAGCAGGAGUCGUUCAACAACGUCAAGCAGUGGCUGCAGGAGAUCGACCGCUACGCCUCCGACUCGGUCAACAAGCUCCUCGUCGGCAACAAGAACGACCUGGUGGACAAGAAGGUUGUCGACACGGCCCAGGCCGAGGACUUUGCCAAGCAGCUCGACAUCCCCUUCCUCGAGACCUCGGCCCGCAACCGGACCAACGUCGAGGAGGCCUUUAUGACCAUGGCCGCCGAGAUCAAGAACCGCAUGGCAUCGUCGGCGCCCAUCGGCGAGACUGGUGCGCCCAAGCUCAAGAUCAACCCCAAGCCCGCGUCGGGCAAGCAGGGCAAGGGCGGGUGCUGCUGAUGCCUCGUCUCUGAUUCUCUGCGAUCUCCCCGCCUCCUCUCCAUUCUCCUCCUCCCUCUCCAACAACCCCAACCCCCAACCCCUCGUUCCGGACAUAAACCACCCGGUUGCACUC